AUGGAUUCUAAUGGUAAAACGAGCAGCAGCAGUGAUGAUACAAAUAAUGAAGAUAAAGCAAUAAAUGGGUUAACGAACCUCCGUACGUUGAAGAGGUCUCGCCGUCAGCGGACCGAAAAACGCGAUCUCCUGCACGAGUACAGAAUGGCCAAAAUGCCAAAUGUGCCAGUGAUCAGUGAAGAGCAUUUACUCGAACCGGAAUCCAGUUCAGAUGUCCCGUCUCCCGCCGCCAAUGAGGACUGCGAAGAACUGCCAUCAGUCGCUGUGCCUGGCUUAAAUGGAGACAAUGAUUCGUUGGCUAAAGAAGACUUAUUAGGUGAUAGUGAUACCUCGACAUCGCAAACUGAACUAAAUUCACAGGAGGAUAAAGGAAAUUCAGAAGAGGAAAAUGUUAUAUCAAAACGUCGCAAAGGGAAUGCAAUAUCGUCGGAUUCGGAGGCGGGCUCCUCGCGAAGAAAGGAUCACAGAAUGAGUGAUUUCGAGGAUUCGGAAGAUGAUGGUUCAGAAACGGUUAAGAGGAAACGGAAGAAAAAUAAACGGUUGGACGAAGAUAGUGAGGGUUCUGGCUCUAGUGAUGGCAAAAAGAAGAGACGACGAAUAAAGAAUAUAGAUGACAGUGAUGGAUCAGGUUCGGAAACGGAAAACGAAGGCCGGAAUAAACAUGGCAGAAAGAAUAUUCGUAAGGUUAUGGGUAAAAAUCAACUCGAAGAAGCAACCAAGAAAGCGGCCCGAGAGGAGAAGGAAAGAAUCGCUCGAAUCACAGAAAGGCAAAAAUUGUACAAUAACCUGCAAUUUGACGAGUCUGGUAAACCUGAUGAAGUGGUAUUGGAUAAAGUCAUACUUGAUUUUGAUCCUGAUACAAAGGAACCGACUAUUGAGGUUGAUAAAGGACUUGUCAGAAAACUUAAGCCGCAUCAGGCAAACGGUAUAAAGUUCAUGUGGGACGCUUGCUUCGAGAGCGUGAAACGAAUCAAGAAGGGAAAAGGAUCUGGUUGUAUCUUAGCGCAUUGUAUGGGACUCGGGAAGACGUUACAGGUUGUCUCUCUCACUCACACGCUGCUAACUCAUAGUGACCUCACAAGCGUGAAUCGUGUACUGGUCGUGUGCCCGCUAUCAACUGUAUUGAAUUGGGUCAAUGAGUUCAAAAUGUGGUUAAAACACUCCGAAACUGACUAUGAAGUGGAUGUCUAUGAGUUAUCUAGGUUCAAACAAAACUCUGAUCGGGCAUUUCAAUUGUCGCAAUGGUACCAACAUGGCGGCGUGUGUGUGCUCGGUUAUGAGAUGUUCCGGAAUCUAUCUUCGGACAGUAAUAAAAAAUUCAAGAAGAAAAUGCUUAAAAACUUCCAAGAGAGUCUUGUGGAUCCAGGACCUGAUCUGGUAGUGUGUGAUGAAGGGCAUUUAUUAAAGAACGAAAAGACAAGUCUUUCUCAAGCCAUGAACAAAGUGAAGACAUUACGGCGUAUUGUACUAACUGGAACGCCAUUGCAGAAUAAUCUUAAAGAAUAUUACUGCAUGGUGCAAUUCGUGAAGCCGAACCUACUUGGUAAAUACAACGAGUACUUGAAUCGGUUCGUGAAUCCCAUCACCAAUGGACAGUAUACGGAUUCCACUGAACACGAUAUCAAGAUUAUGAAGAGACGAUCUCAUGUCCUCCACAAGAUGCUGGAUGGCGCUGUGCAGCGACGAGAUUACGGUGUUCUCGCUCCGUUUCUUCCGCCGAAGCACGAGUACGUUCUCUUCAUCACCCUCACUGAAGUACAAAGCAAAUUGUAUACGCACUACUUGGAUAACUAUUCGCGGAGACCUCUCCCGGGCAAGUCUUCAGGAUUCCUAUUCCCGGAUUUCCAAUCUCUUCAACGAAUAUGGACGCAUCCCUUAGUUCUAAAAUACAAUUCUGAGAGAUAUGAAAUCAUGCAACAGAAAAAGAGAGAAAGAGAAGAAGAGGACUCGGAAGGUUCCCUAGUAGACUUCAUUAAUGAUGACUCUACUCCAGAUGAAACGUCAACCGAAGAAUCGUCAGAUAAUUCGUCGGAUAUGAGUGAUGACAGCCGCAAGAAGAGUAAGAAGAAGAAGUCGCCGAAGAAGAGUAAAGGCCGUUCUACACGACGUGGUACCCGGGCAAACCCUGUGGAAGCCGAAGACGACGAUGUACAAGAGGUGAUAGAGGUGAAGAAUGAGAAUCCAACAGAAUGGUGGAUGUCACUCGUGAACGAAGAAGAGCUGGACGAUGUGCGGAACUCGCACAAACUAGUUUUACUUUUUGAUAUUUUGCGGCAGUGUGAAGCUAUUGGAGAUAAAUUAUUGGUGUUUUCUCAAUCAUUGUACUCUUUAGAUUUGAUUGAGCAUUUCUUGGGGAAAGUAGACGAAGCCACGCAAGAGGGACGAGUGGAUGAAAAAUUGGGGGGACACGUUGGAUCCUGGUCUCCCGGCGUAGACUACUUCAGAUUAGACGGUUCCACGUCGUGCGAGAAUAGAUCAAUUUGGUGCAAAAACUUUAAUAGAGAAGACAAUCCUAGAGCGAGAUUAUUCCUUAUAUCAACCCGAGCUGGUGGUCUCGGUAUAAAUCUGGUAGCUGCAAACCGGGUGGUAAUUUUUGAUGUGUCAUGGAACCCAUCGCAUGACGUGCAGAGUAUCUUCAGAGUUUACCGAUUUGGGCAGAAAAAACCUUGUUAUGUUUACCGGUUUCUUGUCAUGGGAACAAUGGAAGAGAAGAUUUACGAGCGGCAAGUGACGAAACAGGCGAUUUCGAAGCGGGUCAUCGACGAGCAGCAGAUCGACAGACAUUAUGCGGAGAACGAUCUCGCGGAGUUGUACAAGUUCGAGCCGAAGCCGCCUCAGCCAAGGCCCAUUCCGCCCUUGCCCAAGGACAGACUGUUCGCCGAAAUGCUUAAGGAACAUGAACAAUUGAUAUACAAAUACCACGAGCACGAUUCCCUCCUUGAAAACAAAGAAGAAGAAACGCUGACGGAAGAAGAGAGGAAAGCGGCAUGGGAGGACUUCGAGAAUGAGAAGACUAGGCCUCCGCCCGCAGUCUUCGCGCAGCCUUACGCUAUGCAUAAUGGCAUGAUGUUGGCACAGCAACAGCAGUUGGCGUACGCGGCUCUGGCAGCCACUCUUCGUAAAGAAGCUCCCACUAUCACUGAGAACCAGAUACGAGAUAUGAUACCACUUAUAUAUGGUGCUAACCCACAGCUGAUGCAGAAGUUGGGUGAAAUGUAUAAAUACCCACAAUCAGGCAUGAUGAAUCCUGGGAUGAUGAAUGCUGUUAUGAAUUCUGGUGCUGGUGGUGGCAGUAUGCCGCUAGGUGGCAGCAGCGGGCUACAGUAUGAACCGCCUUGGCAGCGACAGCAGCAGAUGCGGUUGCAGCAACUGAUGCAGCAGCAAAAUCAAAUGGGUGCGAAGUUCUACGCGGGAGGUCUAGGCAGUCGUGACCCCGUGGCGAUGGCCCUGCAACAUCAGAGGGCGCGGGAGAUGAUGCUGGGAGAGCGGACACGCCCACGCGGACGUCCGCCGCAUCGCGAUACUGCGCCAAGGACCAACUCGCACGACGUUGUUAACCUUGACUCGGAUUAG